AUGCCAUUUGAUGCUGCUGAUGAAAGUCGUUACCAUCUAAUAUUUGUUCCUGAUCUGCCAAAAUACUUGGGUGCUGCUCCAAUGCUCUCUAAUAAUAAUGAUCAACUCACUGAUCUCAAGUUGAAUGACAAAUUAAAAAAUGGUGUCGAUGACAAUGAAUAG